CCGGGAGCAGGGAGCCUGGAGCAGGGCCUCUCACCUGAAGCCUGAGGCGGGCAGGGCAUCUUCAGGCGCAGGACACCCCACUGGGCACCAUGAGCACCACCACCACCACCACCACCACCGCCGGCCCAGAAGCCGCCCCCAAACCAAGUGCCAAGUCUAUCUAUGAGCAGAGAAAACGCUACUCCACGGUGGUGAUGGCCGACGUCUCCCAGUACCCGGUCAACCACCUGGUGACCUUCUGCCUGGGCGACGAGGACGGCGUGCACACGCUGGAGGACGCCUCGCGCAAGCUGGCCGUCAUGGACCGCCAGGGCCGCGUCUGGGCCCAGGAGAUGCUGCUGCGCGUGUCCCCCGGCCACGUCGCGCUGCUGGACCCGCUGUCCAAGGAGGAGCUGGAGUCGUACCCGCUGGGCGCCAUCGUGCGCUGCGACGCGGUCACGCCGCCCGGCCGGAGCCGCUCGCUGCUGCUGCUCGUGUGCCAGGAGCCCGAGCGCGCGCAGCCCGACGUGCACUUCUUCCAGGGCCUGCGCCUCGGGGCGGAGCUGAUCCGCGAGGACGUCCAGGGGGCCCUGCACAACCACCGCUUCGGCCGCGGGGAGCGCAGGGAGGCGGCGCUCAGGGCCACGCAGGAGGAGCUGCAGCGCCGCCCCUCGCCCGCCGCCGAGACCCCGCCGCUGCAGCGCCGGCCGUCGGUGCGCGCGGCGAUCGGCCCGGCGGACAGGGGCGCGGGCCCCGGGCGGCCGCAGGCGGCGCCCAUCCCCGAGGAGCCGCAGAAGCCCCCCGCGGAGGCCGCUGGCGGCGCCGGCCCCGCGUCCCCCGACCUGGGCCCGCGCGGCCCGGACCUGGCCAGUCUGCAGGCGGAGCGGGACGUGGACAUCCUGAACCACGUGUUCGACGACGUGGAGGACUUCGUGUCGCGGCUGCAGAAGUCGGCAGAGGCGGCCCGCGUGCUGGAGCACCGGGAGCGCGGCCGCAGGCCCCGGCGCCGCGCGUCCGGGGAGGGCCUCCUGACGCUGCGGGCCAAGCCGCCCUCCGAGGCCGAGUUCGUCGACGUGCUGCGGAAGAUCAAGUACGCCUUCAGCCUGCUGGCCCGGCUGCGCGGCAACAUCGCCAACCCCUCCUCGCCCGAGCUGCUGCACUUCCUCUUCGGCCCCCUGCAAAUGGUCGUGGACACGUCGGGCGGCCCCGCGCUGGCGAGCGGCGUGCGGCGGCCGCACCUGACGUCCGAGGCCGUGGCGCUGCUCCGCGAGCACGUCACCCCGCGGGAGAGAGCGCUCUGGACCUCGCUGGGGGACUCGUGGACGCGCCCGGGGCUGGAGCUGCCCCCCGAGGAGGGAGCCCCGUACAGCCCCGAGUUCUACAGCGGCUGGGCGCCCCCCGCCGCCGACCCGCAGGGCCGCGCCUGGGAGGACCCGGUGGAGAAGCAGCUGCAGCACGAGCGGAGGCGCCGGCAGCAAAGCGCCCCCCAGGUCGCUGUCAAUGGUCACGAUGACCCGGAGUCAGAGGCCGAGGCCCCCGCGGAGCCGGCGCCGGCCGGGAAGUGGGUCCUGUGUAACUACGACUUCCAGGCCCGCAACAGCAGCGAGCUGUCGGUCAAGCAUCGGGACGUGCUGGAGGUCCUGGAUGACAAACGCAAGUGGUGGAAGGUCCGGGACCAGCAGGGGCAGGAGGGAUACGUGCCCUAUAACAUCCUGGCACCCCACCCGGGGCCCCAGGCAGGCCGCAGCCAAAGCCCUGCCCGCAGCCUGAGCAGCACGCCCCCGCCCGCCCCCGCCCGGCCCCACUGGGACAGCUGUGACAGCCUCAACAGCUUGGAUCCCGGCGAGAAGGAGAAGUUCUGCCAGAUGCUCAGCGUCAACGAGGAGCUGCAGGCGCGCCUGGCCCAGGGCCGCUCGGGGCCCAGCAGGGCCACCCCGGGGCCGCGGGGCCCGGAGCCGCAGCUCAGCCCGCGCUCGGAGGCCUCGGAGGUCCGCGCCUGGCUGCAGGCCAAGGGCUUUAGUUCCGGCACCGUGGACGCGCUGGGCGUGCUGACCGGCGCGCAGCUCUUCUCGCUGCAGAAGGAGGAGUUUCGGACCGUGAGCCCCGAGGAGGGGGCGCGCGUCUACAGCCAGGUCACCGUGCAGCGCGCGCUGCUGGAGGACCGAGAGAAGGUGUCAGAGCUGCAGGCCGUGAUGGAGAAGCAAAAGAAGAAGGUGGAAGGCGACACGGACAUGGAGGUCAUCUGAGCCUGCCCCCCCCCAAGGCCGAAGCCCCCGCAGCGCCGCGCGAGCUCGGGUUCUGCGCCUGCCGGCACCCGUGGA